GGCUGAGCCAAGCGCAGGUAACUUGGCUGGUUAUGUUACUGGCUUGAAAGAGACCCGGAUUUCCCCCCCACCCUCCUUUACCAGUUAGACCAGUAGCUCAGGGAAAGGCAAACACGCGAGUACUGGAUCAGUUUUUCCCCUUGUGGUCCCUGAUGGCUUCGCACAGUGAUACUCUGGUGGUGUUCUUUGGGGCAACAGCUGGUGCAAAUGGGGGUAAACUGGGUUCGGAUGAGAGGGAAAUAAUUCUCUUGGUGUGGCAAAUUGUGGAUCUACAUGAGAAAAAGGUGGGGAAGCUUCAACGACGUCUUGUAAAGCCAGACGAUUUGGAAUUGACAGAUCAGUGUAGUGAAGAGACCGGUUUAACUUUAGACGAGCUAUGCAAAGCAGAACCUUUGGACAGAGUUCUGCAACAGUUCCAGCAGGAAGUCUCCAGUGAGCUGAAGGCUUUGGGCAGAAGCUCCUACACACUCUGUGUCGAUGGGCCCCUCCUCAUUAGACAGGCCUUCCAUCCGGAAGCCUCCAAAAAGAAUGUUGUCCUCCCCGACUGCUUUUUCUCCUUCAUCGACCUGAGGCGAGAGUUUCACAAAUGCUGUCCAAACGCUGGCCCUUUGAAGGACCUCACGGUGGCCUCCAUGCUGCAGUAUGCCGGGGCCCCUCCGACAGACACGGAGCCGGUGGUCGGGGUGCGGGAGGUUAAGGGCAUGGUGCUGUUGACGUUGCACCUAUUGUCUGAUCCCUACAAUCACACAUUUACUGGUCUUGAGACUGUGAAGUACAAAUUUGUGUCAGGAGCAUGCAGUAAGACUGAGCCAGUGGAUGGCGAUACGGUGAUUCGAGCCAGGGGGUUGCCAUGGCAAUCCUCUGACCAGGACAUCGCCCGAUUUUUCAAGGGACUCAACAUUGCAAAGGGCGGUGUAGCACUGUGUCUGAAUGCUCAAGGCAGGAGGAAUGGAGAGGCCCUUGUGUGCUUUAUCAGCCCUGAGCACCGAGGCCUGGCCCUGGAGCGCCAUAAACACCACAUGGGAAACCGCUACAUCGAGGUGUACAAGGCGACGGGAGAGGAGUUCCUGAAAAUAGCUGGAGGAACCUCGAGCGAGGUGGCCCAGUUCCUGUCCAAGGAGAACCAGGCGAUUGUCCGCAUGCGCGGGCUGCCGUUCGCCGCCACGCCCGAGGACGUGCUGGGCUUCCUGGGGCCGGAGUGCCCGGUCACGGACGGCGGUGAGGGGCUGCUCUUCGUCAAGUACCCCGACGGGCGGCCCACAGGGGACGCCUUCGUGCUCUUCGCCUGCGAGGAGUAUGCGCAGAGCGCCCUGAAGAAGCACAAGAGGAUCCUGGGGAGGAGAUACAUCGAGCUGUUCCGCAGCACGGCGGCGGAGGUCCAGCAGGUACUGAACCGCUACAUGUCCACGCCUCUGAUCUCCACCCUGCCCCCGGCCUCCAUGGUGCCGGUUCCGGCGCUGCCUAUGGCCUCCUUCCUGACGCCCAGCGCCAGCCGGGACUGCGUCAGGCUGAGGGGGCUGCCCUACACCGCUGCCAUCGAGGACAUCCUGGAGCUCAUGGGCGAGCACACCGUCGACAUCAAGCCCCACGGCGUCCACAUGGUGCUCAACCAGCAGGGCCGUCCCUCGGGAGACGCCUUCAUUCAGAUGAAGUCGGCCGACCGCGCCUUCAUGGUGUCUCAGAAGUGCCACAAGAAGAUGAUGAAGGACCGCUACGUGGAGGUGUUCCAGUGCUCCACGGAGGAGAUGAGCUUCGUGCUGCUGGGCGGCACCCUGAGCCGCAGUGGUCUCUCGCCCCCGCCCUGCAAACUCCCGUGCUUGUCUCCGCCCACCUACGGCGCGUUCCAGGCCCCCGCCCCCAUGCUCCCUGCCGAGGCGGGCCUCUACCAGCCCCCCCUGCUAGCCACGCCCCGCGCUGUGCAGCCCUCUGCCCACGGCGUGGCCCCCACCCUGGCCUAUUACCCGCCCCAGCCCCACGCCCAGCUCUACAUGAACAUGAACAUGAACAUGAACUACACCGCCUACUACCCCAGCCCCCCUGUCUCCCCAUCCACGGUGGGCUACUUCGCCGCCCCGCCUGGCUCCAUGGCCGCCGCGGUGGUGGCCCGCCCUCCAGCCACGGUGAUGCCCCAGGCCGGGGCCCCCGGGCUCAUGCCUCCGACAGGGGCCCCCGGGCUCAUGCCCCAGACGGGGGCCCUGGUUCGGAUGCAGGGUCUUCCGUUCAACACCGGUGUCAAAGACAUCCUCAGCUUCUUCCAGGGAUACCAGCUCCAGCCGGACGCCGCCCUCUUCCUGUACAACCUGAGCGGGCAGCGGAGCGGCGAGGCCCUGGUGACCUUCCCCAGCCGGGAGGCGGCCAGACAGGCCGUGGACGAACGCUCCAACCGCCCCCUCUCCGGACAGCCCGUCCACCUGACUUGCUGUGACUGAGCAGGGAGACCGCGUGUUUCUGUCACUGUAGCAGACUGGCACACACGCGUCUCUUCAGCCAACUCUGAGGGAACGGAAGGACGGGAGUGGAAGAAUGCAGCGAAUAAAUCCUUCGUACAUAUUUAAACAUAGCCCAUUAUCUCUCGGCUUCGCUCAAAAGUGCCUUCGUUUUGUACAGUGCCUUUGUUUGUACAUAGGAAUGUUAUCUUAUAAGUCAAUAAAAUUAAAUGUGUAUAUAAACGCUAAGCCAUUCAUUCCCCAGACGUAGACGCGUACGCAAACGGAACAACCGUUUUUAAUUUUAAUUUGCUCGAAGAAAGCCUUGGAAUAGAAGAGCUUUCCGGUCUUGAAAGCCCAGUUUAUUUACAAUGUUUUUUAGGCUAUGCAUUAUAAUUAAAGCCAUAUAAACUGAUUCUACCUUCAACAAUGAGAGUUGCGAGGAAAACAAAUGUACUACUCGGCUACUUAUUGAUGAGUGCACAUAAUUCUUGUAGAUGCCAGUAUGUGCUAUACGUAAGAGUUAGGACCAAUUCAAGAUGUGCCUUUGCUUUACACCCCUCACCUAAUAUUUUCCCCGCCCUAAAUGGACGGAACGUGUGCAGCUGCUGAAAUGACCAUUUCUUACCUAGACAGAAAGUAUCGUCUUAACCUCAGAUAAACUAGAAUUCAAUGGCUCGUUGAUUUUGUUUAAUCCAGCCAUGGUUAAAUUACUUUGGAAUGAGAAGAGCCGGUAGUUUGUAGAUUUUAAUGAGUUUACUCGGAAGACUUGUUUACACUGAAAAGAAAUUUUUUGUAAAAGAAAAUUAAAAAUAUUUCUCAACUGUUAUGCCGUUUGCAGGAUGCUGUAGAUCUAUGAUAUUCACUCUGCAUGGAAAAGCUGUAUGGUUUGCUGCACUUUUAUUUUUAUCUAGCCGAUCAAUUAAGAGCCGGGUACCAAGGGUGGGAGUGAAUACCACUGCUGUAGGUUCUCGUUUGUGUAACUAAACUUACACUGCGUUCAUUCUGUGUCCGGUGUCGGCUGAGAGCAUCAGUGGGUUUGCUUUCUCGCCUUCUCUGUGCCUUCAUCAGAGUGCAAUACCGAUGCAACUGUGUGCAGGUGUAUUAUUAUUAUUUUUAUUAUUAUUUUACAAGUGUGAAACUUGUAUGAUGAUUAUGUAGCUGUUGUAUGCAAACGCAAUUCAAUUGAUGAUGCUUUUUUUCUGUAUCUGAGGAAUUGGCAAGUGUGGUUUAACCUUCAUAUUAAAGUCAAUUCUACGUGUA